AUGUCGAUCAUAACUUAUGACAGGUACAUAGCAAUUUGCAACCCCUUGCAGUACCCCAUCCUCAUGAGCAGGGACUUCUGCUUUCUUUUAGCAUCUGCGGUCUGGAUGGGAGCAUCAGUAAGUGCCUUGUUUCACACAAUGUUUACACUUGCUCUCCCCUACUGUGGCUCAAAAGAGAUUUACCACUUCUUCUGUGAGAUCUCAGCCCUGCAAAUUUCCUGCUCUGACGCCUCUCAGCAUGAGGCUCUGGUGUUUGUGAGUAGCGUUGUCCUGGUCCUCAUCCCUUCUUCCAUUAUAUUUGCCUCUUAUGCUUGUAUCCUCUCCAGGGUCCUGAGGAUGAAGUCAACGAAAGGACAGCAGAAAGCUCUGGCCACCUGCUCCUCCCAUCUCACUGUGGUGGGCAUGUUCUACGGGGCAGCCAUCUUCAUGUACAUGAGACCCAGCUCCUACCACUCCCCAGAGCAAGACAAGAUUGUGUCUAUCUUUUACACCAUUGCCACCCCAGUACUGAAUCCACUCAUCUACAGCCUGAGAAACGUGGAUGUCUUACGAGCCCUAAGAGAGCUGAUUUGGAAAUGCAGAAGCUUUCAGCAAAAUUGA